AGCAGAUCGGAUAGGGCAAAAACCCUGUAAAGAUCGAAGAAGGCGAGAAGGAUUAACAAUGGCGGAGCACUUAGCUUCCAUAUUCGGAACGGAGAAGGAUAGAGUCAACUGUCCUUUCUACUUCAAGAUCGGAGCCUGCAGGCACGGCGAUCGUUGCUCCAGGCUCCACACCAAGCCCAGCAUCAGCCCUACCCUUCUCCUUUCCAACAUGUACCAGCGCCCCGACAUGCAAACUCCCGGUGUAGAUUCUCAGGCGCAAUCUCAGUCCCUUGACCCCCGCAAAAUCCAAGACCACUUUGAAGAUUUCUAUGAGGACCUAUUUGAGGAACUCAGCAAAUAUGGAGACAUCGAGAGCUUAAAUAUCUGUGAUAAUAUCGCUGACCACAUGGUGGGUAACGUUUAUGUUCAGUUCAGAGAAGAAGAACAUGCGGCCAAUGCGCUUAACAAUCUAAAUGGAAGGUUUUAUGCAGGGCGCCCAAUCAUUGUUGAUUUCUCUCCUGUUACGGAUUUUCGUGAAGCUACAUGUAGGCAGUACGAGGAAAAUGUAUGCAAUCGAGGUGGCUACUGCAACUUCAUGCAUCUGAAGAAGAUUAGCAGGGAGUUAAGGAGGCGCUUAUUUGGGAGGAGUAGGCGAAGACGUAGCCGCAGUAGAAGCCAUAGUCCUAACAAGCUCCGUGGUUAUGAUGAACGCUUGCAUGGUAAUCGCAGUUCGGGUAGACGAGAUGAUGAUAGGGAUCAUUACCAUGAGAGGGGCAGGAGGCAUAGAAGCCGAAGUCCUGGACGCAGAGGAGGACGAAGCAGAAGCCCUGCAGGAAGGAGGAAUAGAAGUCCUCCUGCUAGAGAGAGCAGUGUUGAAAGAAGGGCUAAGAUUGAGCAGUGGAACAGGGAGAGAGAACAGGCAGAAUUUGGUAAUAAAGACAGCCAAAACCCUGACAAUGACAGGAGCAGCAAUGGUGAUGCUAAGAUUGGAGGUCGCUAUGAUGAUCCUCAGCACCAGUAGGAGCUUUAUGGAUACGAAUACCGACUUGAAAUCAUCCGGUGGAGUACAGGUUCACUGUCAUGUAUUAUGAAAGUGAUAUUCUAACAUUUGCCCUAUAACCGCACAUUAGACUAAAAAGAAGAGAUCUAUAAAAGAAUAAGUAAUACUAAUCAAAAGAGGAGGAAAUGUACCAAAAAAAGGAGGAAAAAGAAAAGUCUUUCUGAUCCUUGUAGGUUCAAACCUUCUUUUUCUUCGAAGGUGUUUUGGACCUUUAAAUGAUUUUGUUUUCUCCAAAAAUUCUUCCAAAUUCAAUCUUUUUUUUUUUGACCUUUUUGAAAUCCGAAAAGAGGCGUUUAAGUAAUCUUUGAUGAAAUGGUACACUUUUUUUUAACACUUUGCACUACCAUUUUCCACAAAAAAAGAAAACAGGAGGAGGAUUUAUCCACUCAGUUUACCUGUCCCGUUAUAGUCGAGUGCAGGCAGGCAUGGGUAAUUGAAUUUUACAGGGUUUGGCAUGGCGUUUCUGUUGUUAAAUAUCAUUUUCCUUUUGAGUUAUCUUACAUGCUUUAUGAGUUUUGCAGGUUCAGGCUUUCCUGCUUCUCAGGAUCGGCCUCAAUCUUUUUUGGCAGCUUACCAUGAUAUUUGUAUACAGGUUGGCCGUUUAUCUGCAGAGCGCGUUUGCAGUAUUCUUAUGUUGUGGAAUGAUUCAGAAAGCCUCUCGGCCUUUUACUCAAUCAGGAAAACAACUGACCGUGAUACAUGGGGGAAACUUUGCCAUUCCAAGAUUCAACUACUGUAUUAGAUUUAAGUUUGUGCAAUAUGAGAAGCAACUUUUUUCCUUUUUUUCCAGUUACUCGAUAUCGUUGUUUUUUAAUAUUUUAUCUCGUUGCUUUGGUUUGGCAUCAUGUUGUGAGCUUGUGACCAAAAGAAUAUACAAGUACACUUGCUUGAAUCUUAGAAUUUUUUUUCCUUGUUUCUUCUA